AUGGCCCCAGGACUUAUCGAAACUGUCGUCGACCAUCCGGUCGACACCAAGGCGGAGGCUGUACAUGCUCGUGACCAGAUCGAUUCUACCAACAAGGAGGCUUUUGCUCAGAGUGCAAAGACAACCGACUAUGAGGCUGAGCUCAAAGGCUCUGCAAAACAUCCACCAGCCAAGUACCCUCACUACCUACCAUACUGGGACGAUGUCACAUAUCCUCCCUUGGAGCCAUUCGAGGCCGUACAACCAGGCAACGAUGCCGACCCAUCCUUCCCGAACUUGCUGGCAAUGGCGAACAUCAAGGACAUGACCGCCAACAUUGGUGCCGAAGUAACGGGCGUUCAGCUCAGCAAGCUCAACAAAGCUGGCAAGGACGAGCUGGCACUGUUCGUCGCCCAGCGCAAGGUCGUCGCAUUCAGAGACCAAGACUUUGCCGAUUUGCCAAUCCAAGCGGCAUUGGACUUCGCUCAGUAUUAUGGCCCGAGUCACAUCCAUCAAGCUUCUGGUGCGCCCAAGGGCUUCCCCAGAGUCCACUUGGUUCAUCGAAGUGCCAACGACACAACAUCCGCCGACUUCUUCCAGGAGCGAACGAAUUCCAUCACAUGGCACUCCGAUGUCACUUUCGAGAUGCAGCCACCCAGCACCACGUUCCUCUACGUUCUCGACAAUCCAACAGCAGGCGGCGAUACGCUCUUCGCUAACCUGGCAGUGGCAUAUCAGAGGUUGUCGCCCGAGUUUCAGAAGCGUCUCCAUGGUCUGAAGGCAGUCCAUUCCGGGCACGAGCAGGCCGCAGCUUCCAAGGCACGUGGCUCGAUUGUCCGUCGUACUCCAGUCAGCAACGUCCAUCCAGUGGUCCGCACACACCCAGUCACAGGCGAGAAAGCUCUCUUCGUAAACCCACAGUUCACCCGCCGCAUUGUAGGCUUCAAGAAGGAAGAGAGUGACUACCUGCUGAAGUUCUUGUACGACCAUAUCGCUCUGUGCGCAGAUUUGCAAUGUCGCAUCAAGUGGGAACCGAAGACGGUCGUGGUGUGGGACAACAGGGUCACUGCUCAUUCUGCCAUCCUUGACUGGCAGGAUGGUCAGCGGAGGCAUCUCGCUCGCCUGACGCCACAGGCUGAGCGUCCAUUCGAGACGCCCUUCGAGGGUUGA